GAUCAGUGAAAGCAGUGUUCGAGUCCAUUGCUAUUAGUGAAAAUACAACUGAAGGGUUAUCGUCGACCCUGGUAAUAGUUUUAAGAAAACAAUACCAGUUACGUGUUAAGGAACAAAACCUAAACGAUGGCUCGCUGGUCCUUGCUGAUAGCACUGAUGUGGAGUGUGACAGUGAUUCAGGAAAGUAGUGCUUAUAACAUUCUCUUCAUUGGUGCCAUUGGAAGUAAAAGUCAUCAGAACUUUUACAAACCCAUUGUAGAAGAACUCGCCAAGAGUGGACAUCAGGUGACUUUUGUGACACCUUAUCCAUUCAAAGGAGUCAAAGACAACAUCCGUGAGGUUGUUGUCCCGGAAGGAAAUGUUGGCCUAAUGAAUGUAAACCACUUUGAGCAGUCACUCCUCCCUGGCGUAGGACAUCUUCCUCAGAUGCUUAGUAUCUGUGGCCAAACUUUGGCUAAUAAAGAAGUGCAAGAGUUGCCAAGAGAGAAGUAUGACAUCGUUCUCCUGUCCAACUUCUUUUGUGAUUGCUAUCUCUCGAUAAUCCAUCAAUUAAAGGUUCCCUUCAUCUAUGUGUCACCUACAAGGCUCUUGAGUACUAAUGCUGAGGACAUAGGUAAUCCAAUAUUCCCAGCUUUCCUGAGUUUCCCCAUCCUUGAUUAUCAACACCCGUUCACCUUCCUUCAACGAACAGCUAACGUGUUGAUGGAAAGUAUUGGAGUGAAGAUUUUCCGCCUCAUGUUUAGAAAUAUUGAAGAAAGGUGUCGCAGCGCUGGACUAUGCCCAGACGAUAUGCCAUCAUUUGAAGAAAUACAGAAAAAUGUCUCCAUGAUAUUUUUGAACAGUGUACGUGAACUCGAAUUUCCAUCACGUCCAUACGUCCCAGGCAUUGUUCAUGCUGGAGGGAUUCAUUGCCAUCCAGCCAAGCCACUUCCACAGGAUCUUCAGGAGUGGAUUGAGGGUUCUGGUGAGCAUGGUUUCAUCUUCUUCAGCCUGGGAAGUGUUGUAAAAUCUACUGAUCUACCCGAGAAAAACAGAAAGAUGCUUAUCAAGGUAUUCAGCUCACUGAAGCAGCGGGUGCUGUGGAAGUGGGACAGUGAUGUCAUGCCUGGUUUGCCUCCAAAUGUAAAAAUCAUGAAGUGGCUGCCUCAGCAAGAUAUCCUAGGUCAUUCGAAACUGCGCCUCUUCAUAACACAUGGUGGUCUGUUCAGCACCUUUGAGUCUAUCUAUCAUGGAACACCCAUCAUAGGUCUGCCAGUUUUUGCUGAUCAGCAGGCAAACAUGAGGACAGGUGAAAGCCAAGGCUGGGGAAGGACAAUCCUCUGGAAGGACAUGACAGAAGAGGUUCUCCUUCAGAGUAUAAAUGGAGUCAUGGAUAAUCAACAAAUGCAGCAACAUGUACAAAUGCAGUCUAAAAUAAUGAGAGAUCAACCAAUUUCUCCUCAAGAAACUGUGGUUUACUGGACCGAAUACGUUAUCCGUUACAAUGGAGCUAGGCAUCUCCGUUGCCCCAUAGCUGACAUGCCCUGGUACAAAAUCUACAAUAUGGAUAUUUGGUCGAUGAUGUUACUGUUGGCACUUCUGUCGCUAUGGAUUGGUCUUCAGAUGGCUCGCUGGUCCUUGCUGAUAGCACUGAUGUGGAGUGUGACAGUGAUUCAGGAAAGUAGUGCUUAUAACAUUCUCUUCAUUGGUGCCAUUGGAAGUAAAAGUCAUCAGAACUUUUACAAACCCAUUGUAGAAGAACUCGCCAAGAGUGGACAUCAGGUGACUUUUGUGACACCUUAUCCAUCCAAAGGAGUCAAAGACAACAUCCGUGAGGUUGUUGUUCCGGAAGGAAAUCUUGGCCUAAUGAAUGUAAACCACUUUGAGCAGUCACUCCUCCCUGGCGUAGGACAUAUUCCUCAGUUUCUUGAUAUCUGUGACAAAACUUUGGCCAAUAAAGAAGUGCAAGAGUUGCCAAGAGAGAAGUAUGACAUCGUUCUCCUGUCCAACUUCUUUUGUGAUUGCUAUCUCUCGAUAGUCCAUCAAUUAAAGGUUCCCUUCAUCUAUGUGUCACCUACAAGGCUCUUGAGUACUAAUGCUGAGGACAUAGGUAAUCCAUUAUACCCAGCUUUCCUGAGUAUUCCCAUCCUUGAUUAUCAGCACCCGUUCACCUUCCUUCAACGAACAGCUAACGUGUUGAUAGAAACUAUUGGAGUAAAGAUUUUCCGCCUCAUGUUUAGAAACAUGGAAGGAACGUGUCGCAGCUCUGGACUAUGCCCAGAUGAUAUGCCAUCAUUUGAAGAAAUACAGAAAAAUGUCUCCAUGAUAUUUUUGAACAGUGUACGUGAACUUGAAUUUCCAUCACGUCCAUACGUCCCAGGCAUUGUUCAUGCUGGAGGGAUUCAUUGCCAUCCAGCCAAGCCACUUCCACAGGAUCUUCAGGAGUGGAUUGAGGGUUCUGGAGAGCAUGGCUUCAUCUACUUCAGCCUGGGAAGUGUUGUAAAAUCUACUGAUCUACCCGAGAAAAACAGACAGAUGCUUAUCAAGGUAUUCAGCUCACUGAAGCAGCGGGUGCUGUGGAAAUGGGACGGUGACGUCAUGCCUGGUUUGCCUCCAAAUGUAAAAAUCAUGAAGUGGCUGCCUCAGCAAGAUAUUCUAGGUCAUUCGAAACUGCGCCUCUUCAUAACACAUGGUGGUCUGUUCAGCACCUUUGAGUCUAUCUAUCAUGGAACACCCAUCAUAGGUCUGCCAGUUUUUGCUGAUCAGCAGUCAAACAUGAGGACAGUUGAAAGCCAAGGUUGGGGAAAGACAAUCCUCUGGAAGGACAUGACAGAAGAGGUUCUCCUUCAGAGUAUAAUUGGAGUCAUAGAUAAUCAACAAAUGCAGCAACAUGUACAAAUGCAGUCUAAAAUAAUGAGAGAUCAACCAAUUUCUCCUCAAGAAACUGUGGUUUACUGGACCGAAUACGUUAUCCGGUACAAUGGAGCUAGGCAUCUCCGUUGCCCCAUAGCUGACAUGCCCUGGUACAAAAUCUACAAUAUGGAUAUUUGGUCGAUGAUGUUACUGUUGGCACUUCUGUCGCUAUGGAUUGGUCUUCAGCUGCUUCGCGCCAUCGUGAAGUGCUGUCGAGGGACACCAAAGAAUAAAAGAGACUAAAGACAAAUUACCAUAGGCUAACUUAUCUUUUCUUGUAAUUAGGAGAAUUUCAGUUGAUUGUCUGACAUGUUUGUCUGAUACCUGUGAGGUACAUCUGGUUAAAUUGACAUCAGAAAAUGCUUAAGAAGGGCCAUUUUCAUGAGUUAAAAACUUGCUUGUCAACCUUUUAACAACAUCUGUAAAUAAAUAUAUGUGGAUUUUUAAAAGUCUUAGUUCAAAGUUCAUUGCAAGGUAUCUAUUUCAAGAGUUUAUGUGGUUUUGUGGUGCUGUUCAAUAGUUUAUAUGAGCAUUUUAUAGUAAUUCCAUUAAAUGGUUAAAGUGUCA